AUGACAUCGACGGAAGAAAUCGACAACACCAUCACACACCCCGGAAGCGUCAAGAUCAAUGUCACGGGCGCCUUCAUUGUCGACCCGGACGCUGCAACGCCUGCGCAGAGCGGCAGCGACAACGGCAGAGUCAGUCCGUCGCAUCACGAGACAAGCGACAUCCGGCUGCCAAACCACACGGCUGUAAUUGGCGGUUCUCUUGUCAAGCUCGUCUACUUUUCUCGCGAAGUAGAUUCCACAGACCCCGGCGGUCGCCUCAACUUCCAAUACUUCGAGACGGAUCGCAUUGAUGACUGCAUUGAAUUUAUGAAGCUGCUGCGCGACAAGCACAAGGCGCUUAAUGGGUCGCGGUCGCAAGAGCUGUGCGUCAUGGCCACUGGAGGUGGCGCAUAUAAGUUUUACGACAUCAUCCGAGACGCAUUGGAAGUUGAAGUCUUGCGGGAAGAUGAGAUGGAGUGCCUAAUAGUUGGGCUCGACUUCUUCAUCCAGGAGAUUCCCCGCGAAGUCUUCACCUACUCCGAAGCAGACCCCAUGAACUUUGUCAGCCCUCGAGAGAUCAUCUACCCGUAUCUUCUUGUAAACAUCGGCUCUGGCGUUUCAAUGCUCAAGGUUACGGGUCCUCGGUCGUUUCAGCGAGUCGGCGGCACUUCCCUCGGCGGCGGCACCCUCUGGGGCCUCCUCUCACUCUUGACCGGGGCACGAUCUUUUGAUGACAUGCUGGCUGAGGCUGAGCACGGUGACAACACCAAGGUGGACAUGAUGAUUGGAGAUAUAUAUGGUGCCGAUUAUGGCAGGAUUGGCCUUAAGAGCACUGCCAUUGCGUCCUCAUUUGGAAAAGUAUUCCGCAUGAAGCUGCAGGCCGAAGCCGCAGAAGCCGCAGGCAAGUCGGAACAGGAUGGCGACCACAGUGACGCGCAUGAUGAUGCUCAUGGCGAUGCUCAUGGUGAUGCUCAUGGUGAUGCUCAUGAUGCAUCCCAAGCCAGUCAUUCCUUCUCCUCGGCCGAUAUAUCAAGGUCGCUGUUGUAUGCCGUGUCCAAUAACAUUGGCCAAAUCGCCUACUUGCAGUCACAGAUCCACAACCUUUCCGACAUUUACUUUGGCGGCUCCUUUAUCAGAGGCCACCGCCAGACAAUGAACACGCUGAGCUACGCCAUCAAGUUCUGGAGUAAGGGCGAGAAGCAGGCCUACUUUUUGCGGCACGAAGGCUAUCUCGGUGCUGUAGGCGCUUUCCUCAAGAGACAACCAGCAAACUGGGGUCGCAGAGCCAGUCUCGAGGGAAUCGAGGACAUUCAAGAAUGGCGAAAGAGCUUAAAGAAGACAGAGUCAGAGACCAAGCCGUGACCAAGUGAUGCUUAGGAGACCAAGCAAGACAAUGGGGAUCGCAACUUGAACAGUGGCAUGUCACAUUUUCAGGCGUUCAGGGUAUAGAAUUUUUGGGUAUUCGUAUUAUUGGGGGCAGUGUUUUCUUGUUCUGUCUUUUUUAUUCUCUUCUUCUUCUCUUUUUUUUUCCGUCUUCUUUUUUUUUCGUUUGAAUUGCUACAGCCGAACGCUGCGCCUAAUAUGCAUACCGGUGUCGAAGAGGGAAAAUUGGGUCAAACUCACAGCCUGUAUAAAAUUAUUAUAAUUCCAUAGGUAGUGGAUGUGAUAGAAUCUGACAAGAUUGCGCCAGAGCCGCAAUUGGGGAUGCAAAAACAACAGAGUCACUAUCAUUUCG